UCCUUGUUGCCUUGCAGUAGGCCUAUACACGUAGAAGACAUUAUUCGUAUAAUGUAUGGAGACGAUCUUUUAAAGAACAACUAAACAUCUCAGUGGUACAGCUUCCAUGAUGCUCAAAAUAGUACCCGGAAUUUUGAUAUUUUUGUCAGUGGCAAAUUUAGCAUACCUGGUUUCCUCCCUUGUGCGUUUGUCUGGUGGAAGUGCUAAUAAUGAAGGUCGUGUUGAAGUGUUUCAUGACACUGAGUGGGGUAGCGUGUGCGACGACAGGUUUGGAAACGACGAGGCAGCUGUCGUUUGCAGAGAAUUGGGCUUCCCCGGAUUCCGACGACAUAUUCAGGGCUCUAAUAGGGUCUUUGGAAGAGGACUGCAAAGAAUUUGGUUGAACAACGUGCGAUGCAAGGGAACUGAGGCUUCCAUUGUUAAUUGCACCCACGAUGGUUGGGGAAACCAUGACUGUGUUCCGGAAGAUGAGGCAGUUGGAGUAGAGUGUGAACCGGUAGAUGGCACAGUGCGCCUCACGGGGGGUGCUGGUUACCACAUGGGCUAUGUUGAAGUGCUAAGAAACAGCACCUGGGGAAGAGUUUGUGAUACAAGUUUCACGAUAACUGAAGCAAACAUAGUGUGUCGCCAGUUUGGGUUCCCUAAUGCUUCCAGUCUUCGUUCAUUUUCCACACUUCCUAGCACGCCUCCAGUAUUAGAUCACGUCAAGUGCACGGGGAACGAAGAAAACAUUCUGCGUUGUAGACACGACGGAUGGGGUGUAGCUGCUUGUCAACCUACUCAGACCGCCGGUAUAGUAUGUAUAGAUCCCACUGGUCCGCCUGAAGGCACCCUGCGCCUGGUGAACGGUGCCAAGAGUAGAGAGGGACGGCUGGAAAUCUACUACAAUCAUCACUGGGGCACGAUUUGUAACAAAGGCUGGGACGCUGUUGAUGCCUUGGUGGCAUGUAGACAGCUGGGAUAUUCUGGACUGGAGGUACACAAUAGGAACUUUGGUGCAGGCGACGAUCUAGUCUUGCUCAGUCAGAUUCAGUGUAAUGGUAACGAGGACAGUCUCUCGCGAUGUCCAAGAACGUCAAACUGGGGUACUGUGCCAGCAGAAUGCACUCACGACAGAGACGUGGGCAUCGUUUGUGAAGCAUCUGUCCCAGCACUAAGAUUGAACAGCAGCUCUCCUGCCAACAACAGCGGCAUUCUGCAGGUGAACUUGAACAAAACCUGGUGGUCAGUUUGUCUGCUAGCUCUAAAUGGCGAGUCACGAAGUGUCAUUUGCCAUGAGCUAGGGUUUUAUCGCUAUGUGGGAGAGGGUCCCAGCACCAAUGCACCGUAUGGUACUGAUGAUAUGUACUCUACGUCUGCCAGCUGCACUGGAAAUGAAAGGGCACUCGAGGAAUGCAGAAACCACAGAUGGUCAGUUGUGACAAAAGCAGCUCCUCCACCUCUUCUUUUUUCCCUGUGCUACUCCUCAUCUCCAGUACAAUUUGUAUGUGGCAUGACAGAACCUACCACAGCCAGUUCAGCAACCUCUACAAAAACAACAACAACAACAACAACAACAACAACACACCAUUCAACAAUAUUAACAAAUACACCAGGCAAAACAUCUACAGCAAGGAAAACUACAGUUAGGACAACAUUAGUGAACACACCAGAAGACGUUGGAUCAACUCCAAACACGUCUCCAACGACGAAACCUAGCACUAUCCCUCCCUCUGGAAAUACUGAGUCUACUCACUCUGAGGUAACGCUCUACCCAACAACAACAACAACAGACGACAAUGUUAUCUUAACUUCUGGUCCUACGGAGGUUCAACCAUGGGACACAAUGCCAAACAAGUCUUUUCCAGACUGGGGUAUUGCCAUACUGGUGACAGCUCUAGUUUUGGCUCUUAUUUUUGUUGUUGGGUUCCUUUUGAAGAGACGACCUGCAAGCUGUUUUGGUAAAUUAAGGUAAGUGUAUUUGAGUUUAACUGGUGAGUCGUAAAUUGAAGAUUAUAAAUUAUCACAUUUAAAUUGAACU